AUGAGCUCCCAGCCGCUCUGCGCUGUGUGGGCACAGUUUCUCCUGCUGUGGCUGCUGCUGCCAGCCGUGCCUGUGCCCUGGGCGGAGGCCAGGAGGUCCAGAGUCUCGAUGCCCUGCCCCGAGGUCUGCGAUGCCACGCGCUGCCCGCCACUGCCCACCUGCUCGGCCGGCACGGCGCCGGUGCCCGACCGCUGCGGCUGCUGCCGCGUGUGCGCCGCCGCGGAGGGUCAGGAGUGUGGCGGGGCGCGGGGCCGGCCGUGCCUCUCGGGGCUGCGCUGCGGGGCCCCAUUCUCCCGGGAGCCUGCGGGGGGCGCAUGGCUGGGCACCUGCGGCUGCGUGGAGGGCGUGGAGGGCGCGGCGGUGUGCGGCAGCGACGGGCGCACCUACCCCAGUCUGUGCGCGCUCCGUAAGGAGAACAGAGCGGCGCGCCAGCGGGGCUCGCCCCCGGCCGUGCCCGUGCAGAAGGGAGGCUGCGGGGACCCAGGGCCCAGAAGUGCCGGGCGGCUCCGAAGGAAGUACAACUUUAUCGCAGCGGUGGUGGAGAAGGUGGCGCCAUCUGUGGUUCACUUGCAGAUAUUCCGCAGAUCACCUCUCACCAACAAGGAAAUCCCUGCCUCCAGUGGCUCUGGGUUCAUAGUGUCUGAGGAUGGGCUCAUCAUCACCAAUGCCCACGUCCUCACCAACCACCAGAGGAUCCAGGUGGAGCUCCAGAAUGGGGCCCAGUAUGAAGCCACUGUCAAAGACAUCGACCAUAAACUGGAUCUCGCGCUGAUUAAGAUCGAGCCCAAUACUGACCUUCCUGUGUUGCUGCUGGGAAGAUCAUCGGAUCUCCGGGCCGGAGAGUUUGUGGUGGCUUUGGGCAGCCCGUUUUCUCUGCAGGACACGGUGACUGCGGGGAUUGUCAGCACCACACAGAGAGGCGGCAAAGAGCUGGGGCUGAAGGAUUCAGACAUAGACUAUAUCCAGACAGAUGCCAUCAUUAAUAACGGGAAUUCUGGGGGGCCGUUGGUGAACUUGGAUGGAGAUGUGAUUGGCAUAAACACGCUGAAGGUGACUGCGGGAAUCUCCUUUGCAAUUCCCUCCGAUCGGAUCAGACAGUUCCUGGCCGACUAUCACGAGCGCCAGUUGAAAGGAAAGGCCCCUUCACAGAAGAAAUACCUGGGUCUUCGAAUGUUGCCCCUCACUCUGAACCUCCUGCAAGAAAUGAAGAGGCAAGAUCCAGAUUUCCCUGAUGUGAGUUCUGGAGUUUUUGUGUACGAAGUGAUCCAAGGGACUGCUGCUGCAAGCUCGGGGUUGAGAGACCAUGAUGUAAUUGUCAGCAUAAAUGGGCAACCUGUCACCACCACAACUGAUGUCAUUGAAGCUGUUAAGGACAAUGACUUUCUCUCCAUUGUUGUGCGUCGAGGAAGUCAAACUUUGUUUCUGACAGUGGAACCUGAAAUAAUCAAUUAAGUAUCUUACUUUGAAAAACUGGCUCGCAAAACCAGUUAUAUACCUGGUUUGUAUCGAAGACGUGCCAAAGAUGGCAGGGGCUUUAGGAUACCAAGAAAAAUGGAUGCUUUGAAUGCAUGCACACAUGUUUACACACACACACACACACACACACACACACACACACACACACUCACUCAUGGAUCUUGAGGUUGAGGGUAUUCUUCUGCUGCAAAAAACAAAGAAACAAACCAACCAAUCAAAAACCAAAACCUUUCUAAGCCAAGUGGAAGCAGCCAUGGUGGUCUGAUAAAAUUUAAAGACAGAAAAUCGGAAAACAGGCAAUUCCUAACUGAAUCUUGGCAGGAUUCUUUAGUAACCUCCUAUAUAGACACGAACUGCUAUGUCACAUACAUGUAUACAUAAUCCACCUUCCAAAUAUUAAGAGUCUGAACCUGGAGUCAAAAGGCAAUCACGUUUUAAAUAAUCUUUGUAUAUUCAGUUUUCCAGGUUGUAUCACAUUUCUGGCCAGGGAUUGUGGGUAGAAAAGUCAUCAAUCACAAGACAGAUUGAAACUGAUGACACUGGAUUAUAACACAGGAAUAUUAUUCUCAAAAUGAUCAUUUUAGCAGUAGAAACAGUUUUGGUCCUCCAGUGUCUCAGAGAACAGCCUCUUCCAUUAAAACAGUUUUUGAACCAUU